AUGACAUGGACAGAUAAAGAGUACAAAGUAGGCAAUAAAUUGACAAUAAGAACAGAAAAUAACAAAGUAUACAAUUUCGAGGAAGUAGAGGAAUUCCGAUAUCUAGGCACAGUGUUCUCCAGAAGGCCAGAUAUAAAAAGAGAGAUACAGGCAAGACUGAUGGCAGGAAACAGAUGUGUACAUGCAAUGAGGAGACUUUUGAAAAACAAAGACAUGACUCAAUCACUAAAAAUAAGGAUUUACAAGUCAAUGAUAAGACCUAUAGUGAUGUAUGCAAGCGAAACAUGGGUUUUAAGAAAGGAAGAGCAGGACAGACUAAGAGUCUGGGAGCGUAAAAUAUUAAGAAAUAUUUAUGGAGGAAAAGAAGUAAACGGUAUGUGGGAAAGACGUACUAAUAAUGAAAUAAAAGAAUUAUACAAGGAACCAGACAUAAUAGGGGUGAUAAAGGCACAAAGAAUUAGAUGGUUGGGACAUAUCACGAGGAUGCAUUCAGAAAGAGUUCCCGCAAGAAUAAUAAAUUGUAAAAUCGGAAAUACAAGAAGACAAGGAAGGCCGAGAGUCAGGUGGAAGAAGGAGGUGGAAGACGACAUGCGACAAAUGGGAGUACAAGGUUGGAGGGAAAAAGCUCUGGACAGACAGGAAUGGAAGAAAGUGGUCAAUCAAGCCAUGGGCCUACUAGGCCUGUAG